AUACUUCAUUGUCUAAUGUUUGUUAAUGUCUGUCAGAGGCAACUUUUGAGGUCCUCCCUAGACUAUUCAAAAUAAAGUAUGAAAGUGGUACGUUGGAAGAACUACUCUACAUUGAUAUGCCUAGGGAGUAUCAGAAUUCUUCUGGGCAGAUUGUUCUAGACUAUGCAAAAGCCAUUCAGGAGAGCGUUUUUGAGCAACUUCGUGUUGUUCGUGAUGGACAACUUCGAAUAGUAUUCUCUCCAGAUCUCAAGAUAUGCUCCUGGGAGUUCUGUGCUCGUCGUCAUGAGGAGCUUAUUCCCAGAAAAUUGCUGAUACCGCAGGUCAGUGAUUUAGAACUUGAAUUUGAAAUUUAACUGCUGUUUUUGUUUAGUAUGUGCUUUUAUGAAGUUAUGAUCCAUUCAGUUUGAUGAUAUGACCUUUUUAGAUAUUGGCAUCUUGGGAGCACAAAUACGUAACAAAAA